AUUGGAUGUUAUGUGGGUGAUUCCGCAAUUAAGUUAAAUGGGACAUAGGAAAGUAAUGUUUUAAUGUUUAGGGCGUGUUUGGGCCUAAAUACUUCAUACAAUUAAACAUGCACUGGUGGGCUUUUAACUGAACAGUGUUUGCGGCUCCGUUUUAUUAACAUAGCUGUAGAAAAGGCCGUCAUUAUGUUUUGAUGUGUACGUUGCUAGGUUAUGCGCCAAGUUGUUUGUGGAGUGCAGUCUUUGUGAGCCCCAUUUUGAUGUUGAAAUGAGCACGUGGGCGGCAAGGAUGCACCGACGCGCUGCCACCUUCAGUAACGUGGUUACUUCAUGCGGUCACCCCUCAGGACCUUAUCCCCGGAGACUAGAAAAAGUAAAAUUUGGACUCCCUCUCGCUGACGUUUGUAAGAAUGAUAUUCCGGGACCACUUCUUGUGUUGAUUUUAAAGCUGAACAAGGAGGCACCAUAUAGAAAAGAUGUGUUUCGCGCACCAGGACAUCAGGGUGCUAUGAAAAAACUCAUCCAUUUUCUGCAAACAGGCCGCUUAGUCAAUAUGGACAAUUUUAGUGUUUACACUAUAGCAAGUGUUUUAAAGAAAUUUUUGAGGAAAGUACCUGGAGGAAUAUUCGGCAAGGAUGUGGAACAAAGGUUUUUCCAAGUAAUAGAACUAGCUGACUUACAAGAGCAGCAAGAUGAAAUACACAGAAUAAUUACAUCACUACCAGUGUAUACCCAGAGAAUAUUGGUUUUGUUGUUUGGAACAUUCCGAGUUAUUGCCUCUAAUAGUGAGAAAGCUGGUACUGGUAUGACUAGCGAGGCUUUAGGGGUGAGUGUAGCACCAAGUUUUUUCCAUUCAUGUGUCACUGAUGGGAAAACUGCCAAAAUGGAAGAUGUCAUGAAGUUUAAGGUAUUUUUUAAUGUUGCAUCGAGGGUUAUGAAACACUUGAUUGAAGAUUUUGCAUCGUCCAACUUGUUCGGGAGGGACAAUUAUGAGUAUUAUGCCAGGGUGACCGGUAGAGUGUUAAGAGUACAAGGCGAGUGGAUCUGUUCAUUCCAGUAUCCCCCAAGCAAAGGGGUAUUUUCUACUGAAUAUAUUGCUCUUGAACGCUAUCUUUUAGCCCUGUCGCAAGGGGGAGAGGAAUGUCAGUCUACUCCCGCCCUACUUGAGACAAGCUUACAGCCCCACGUCAAUUCCUCGUCUCUUGGGAUGAUCGCCGAACACAGUCUUCUGGAAUCGUGCACGCGUCUUUCGAUAUCGCUGGAACAGAAUGGACUGUUUCAGAACAACACUUCUCAUUCCUCUAGCACAAGUCACUCGUCCAAGUACAGCCAUCGAUGUUCCGGUCCAAAAAUGACCCUCGAAGAGCUCAAAGCUGUUAACGCGUAUGCUGAAAGCACCCGUAGUCUUAGUUAUUUACCGCAGGUACACGAGAGGCAAACGGCGAGAAUGAAAACUAGGUCGCAGUGGUUCCUCGGACCGUCGGUCGAUUGCACCAGUUGCGGAGGAUCCUUGGAUUUGCCUCUAAAUAAAGCUGAUGUGUCGGCCCUCACCAGUGCCCUGCUAAGAAGAUCCUCUUCGGGAACGAUAGUUGGAAUAGCCGGUUUGUCUUUAAGCGCCGAAUCGGUGCAGAAAAGGCCUAGCGUUAAGAGGACCGGUUCGCGAGACAAACGCUACCUUCAGCGAUCCGUCAGCAGGAGAAACAAAGAAAACGGUUCGAGAUCUAAUAGUUUCAAAAUGAGAGGCGAAAAGAAAAGUUCGUGUUCUCGAUCGGGUAGCGUCAAGCUGAAGUACGAGAACAUAUCGAGGUCGUGCAGUUUCAAAAGCAAGGCGGAACUAUGUUCCUGCCCGGUGGGGUCCGGCGGGAGCGUCGACGGCGGGAAAAACGACGACGCGUCGAAAUCGGACGCCGCUAAAACCAAAGAGACCAUAUGCGUCACCCUUACGUAUAAACCGCGUAUUUAAUCGACAUAAGACUUGAACGGCAGUUGCCAACCUGUAAUAAUCUUUACGCUUAUUAAUGUUAAGUGUAUCGUCGCCUGUAGGUUUCAAUUUGAGAUAAUGGCCAUUUCGGAUAUUACAUAUUCAAUUCGGUUCGUUUGACUAAGUGCAAAUUUUACGGAAUGACAUUGAGAACAGUAUUUUUAUAUUGAGCCCUUUGGCUCGUUUUUAAGUACAGAGUUGCUGUUGUGAACCACAGAAUUUUUGAACUCUGCCAGGUUUGAGGGUUUUUGCAGGUUUAUUUAAAUUAUCCUCCUUGGCGUAGAAAUGACGCCAUCUGAUUUUUCUUCAGUAUUAUUUGCUUUCAUUAAAUCUAUCAACUUUUACUUACGUAUUUUAAAGUUAGCGACAGUUUCCGCAGGGAUUAAUAAGCCACACUUUUAGCUACUUGCUUCAAAUGUUGCAGUACAAAUCUACAUAAAAAAAGUAACUCAAGUUUUACGGCAUUGAGCGAAUAUUUUCGUAGUAUGGUCUGUUUCGAAGUAUAUCGUCGGCAAUGUUCAGGCAUAAUAAGAUCACUUUAGCACUAUUACGAAAUGUGAUGAUAAUAAAUAAAUACAAAUUAACAUAAUGUUCUUUUAUACUGUAUCCGGUGUAUCAAACCAAGUUUCAACUAGGUAAAUUAUUCAUUCGUUUUCAGUUGGCUUUUUUGUAAUUUCUUGUAAUAUCCUGUGCGAUGCAAUUGCCACUCGUUUUUUGUCUAUUGUGCGGUAUUUAAAUCCCAUUUUACAAAUCACUCUGUAGAGGCUGUUAAUAAUAUCGGGGGUUCUUUUAAAGCUUUUUGUUUAACGAAUCCACUACUUAUUAAAUAUUCAUACACAUUUUUCGCAAGUGAUUUUGACGUGACGUGACGAAAAAAUUAGUGAUAUGCUUGUAUGAAACGGGUUAUUCAACACUGCCACCUGCAUCUACCUGACUCGCACCCUACUUUUUUACUUUUUGGGGAGAGGCUCCUUCCAAAUUCGAUAUACUUUGAGACACACCAUACCUUCGAUGUUAAGACUGUAUAGGGGUUUGUAGGCAACUUUAGAAGUUGCAUGUAAAAAAAAUAAAAUUCCAGAAAAUUUUCCUUUACUUUUAUGGUCAGAUUUUUAAAUUGUUUGCAAAACGAUUUAGGUUACGAAUUUGAUUGGAAAUGUAUUUACUGCUCCAAAUGGCGGAUAAAUUGCUUGUAGAAAUUACACCGCCACCAAAUAUUUGCAAAAUGAUAAAGGUAAUAAAAAUUUAAUCAUUAUUUAUGAGCAGUAUUUACCAGAACUCGUUAUAUGUUAUUAUAGGAAAUAAAAUCGGCUCUAUUCACAGUAAAUAAUAAAAACCGAAUUCCUCAUUUAUUUUUGUUUUAGUCAGUAUUCUUUUUACAAGGUGCCUGGGAAACCGAAUUUGGAAAAAACAUGUAUUUUUACAUAUGAGUGCCAAGAUCGUAUGGACUCGACAAUUGAUUUUUCCUGAGACAGAGUAGAGAAUCGAAAAUUAACAAAAAUUACAUUACUAUAAAUAUUUCUAAAUAUUUGAGGUGUUAUUAUAAAUUUAGCUCAAGACUGACCGAUUGACCAUUGACCAAUAUAAAAACGCAAUUACUUGGACGAAAUUUUAGUUUUUAAUAAUAAUACCAUUAUUUUUGACAAAAUACUUUUGACCCUUUUGAUGCUUUUAUUAUGUUCAACCUUGUGAUAAAAAUAAAAACUAAAAUGUUUGGUCGAUCGUAUGUGCAAACAGCAGCGACUCUGCAUAUUUUUCUUUUCUCUGGUGCGCGUCCUAUUAUGCAAAGUUCACAAGAGCUCAUCGUUUGACGGAUUUUAACUUUGAAGUUUUCAACGUUUUUAAUCUCAAGUCGAUAUACAAAUUCUUUAAGUCUUUAUAAUUUUUUGAAAAAUUAAGGCUGGUGUAAAUCAUUAAAUAUUAAUGAGUUAAAUGAUAAUGGGCGCAAAUUAAUUUUUGAAGUUGCUUAAUCUACUGGUGACCAUAAUUUUGAACGGAUCAAUGCAAUGACAUAAUUUAUAUCCAAAAGAGACCUAACAAAUUAUGAUAGAAUUUAUAUAAACCUGCUUUCAAUAGAAACAAAAAAUUAUGAAUUUGGAACCAAUGUGGAGGAGAUGAAUACGACAUAAAAAUGUAAAAGAUUCCAUAAUAAACAACUUAACUAUCCCCUUACGUGUACAUUAAAUAAAAACCAAAUGGUUUAAUUAUAAUUAAAAUGUCAAACAAAACAGGGCAACUGUUACGGUCUGCUUUGGAUAUAAUAACAUUGUAUCAAUUAAUGUGUAGAUAUUUGAUUAAUAUCUGCUUUAUUUAUUUAUCUGUGAUGUAACCUGCUUUCCCUGAUUCAGACAGAAUAUCUCGGGUUUUGAAUUCUUCAUUCGGUUUUAUGGUGUCUAUCAUACAACCCAAGAUUUCAACUAAGUAAACAUUCCAAUUUGGUGUGUGCCGUUAUGUAAGUAGUUAAGUCGUUUUUCGAUAAAAUGUACAAUACUAUAAUUAUCCUGCUUUAAUUAAAUAGCUUCACCAUAUUGUACACCGAUUUGGCAAUUCUACCAAAAAAAAUGAAAACACCAGGAGGAGACCAAUAGAAGCAGCUUUUAAAGUUUUUCAAGUAUCUUAUAUAUAAUGUAUACACAAUACUGGUUUGAUAUGAAUUUUUUAUAUAACUUAAGGUAUUUUAUAUUUUUAUUUAUUCUAGAACCAUUAGCCAAAGAUUGUUUUAUUGACUGUUUAAAUGUGCAGGUACAUAGUAAUAAUACGUGUUAGUCUCGAUUAUCACCUGGACGAAACAAUUUGUUGUUGAAAUAUUAGCAAAAGCAAAAGUGAAAAAUUUGGAUCGGCGUUUGCUCGAGAUAUGUAGCUUGUUUGGAAAACUGUUUCCGCAGUACAUUUUUAGUAAUUUGCGAGUCUCAAUAUGAAUCUACGGACAAAUGAGACAAUUGACUUCCAAAUUGGGGAAACAAACUCAUUAUUCGGUUUUAUAUUUUGAGAGUGUGACACUGUCGAGCUUGCGUGUUCCGAUUAUUUCGCCUGCCAGUUGAGAAUAACGUCAACAAGAUUUUUAGAUGUGUGUUUUUUUUUUUUUUGUAAAAAAUAUGUAAAGAUAUACAGUAUAUAUCACACAGUAAUGUGUUGUAUUAUGCAGUUAGAUGGAUAAUUUUUAAAAUUUGGUACAAAAUGUUAUCAUAAGUUGGGCGUACAAUUGACUGACGCCGUAGCAUACCGCAUAAGAAAAUACAGUCCAUCAACAGUAACGUUCUUCUAGGGAGUUAUUAUUGUGCAUACUGUAUUUUGUAUGUUAUGGGCUUAUGAAAGUGCAUGUGUGAUAGACCUA